AUUCCCUACUCUAUAUACAUCUUUAUUCACGAACUAAUUUAUCAUGGCCGCGUCACCGACACCGUCAUCAUCGUCGACGUUGUUAGAAAUCAUCAUAAUCUCCGCGGAGGACCUGCGUGUGGGCCGCCACGGCCGGCCCGUCGAGAAGGACGCGUUCGUGACGGUCCGGACGGGGCCCCGCGAUGCGGCGGCGACCGCGCUCGACCGCGACGGCGGGAGCUGCCCCACGUGGAACGAGCGGCUUCUGGUGGGGCUUCCGAGCUCCGCGCGGUCGAUACGCGUCGAGGUCGGGUGCGGGAAGCAGCAGGGCUGGGGGACCGGGACCGUGCCCGUGCCGGUGGCGGCGGCGGCAGUGCCGGUGGCGGAGUUUUCGCAUGGCCCGGCCGGGUACCUGCACCUUUUGAGCUACAGGUUGAGGGAUGGAGAGGGGAGGAGGAAUGGGAUCGUGAAUUUUUCUGUGAGGAGGGUGGUGAAGAGAGGAGGAGGAGGAGGAGGAGGAGGGAACCAUGAUCAUCAUCACCAUUAUGAAGAGGCAGGUCAUGUGGUGAUGGGGUAUCCUGUUGUGGGCUCUUGUGGAGGACGUGGGAUUUAGGGUUUUUUUUUUUUUUUUNUUCUGUUCCAAGAAAAAUACUAUCUGCGUAAAUUUUACAUAUUUUUUAUCUCGGAGUCUACCAAAUUUUUUUAGAUUUUUAGUAUUAAAAGAAUUGAUAUGACUAGUAAAAUAA